GCUGCUUAUAAGAAACCUCUCUUCCAUUUAUAUAAAACUAAACGGUCUUGUUACUACUGAGGCCCAGGCCCUGUGUUGUCUUGUCUCUUACUCACCUCUUUCAACCCAACCCUUCAACCAUCGCAGGAAGGACCCCCAUUCGCAUUCGCAACGACUGAGCUUCGCCAGACCUACCCAAUGUCAUCCACCGCGUGUGUAUCACGUUUAACGGAGGUUGCACAGCAGCCUGUUCUCCAUGUCGAAGCUCGUGUGAAAACCAAUGGAGAUGGUAUCAUCGUCCGCACUGAUCUGAUCAGGGAUGAAGUCACGCAGUGGCUCAUUGAUAGUUUUGUGGUUCUUUCUCUGGGACAGGAGAUCUACUCGUUCGAGGGCCUCAAAGGAUCCCACGCACAGGCUUUAGAUUCAAUAGUGGUUACAGAGUGCAGCGGAGGCAAUUUCGAAUCAGGAGCAUAUCGUGUCCAGCAAGUCGAACUCGAUGUCCAGGCGUACCAGCUCCGCAUACAAUUCGAGCCGGACAGCUCUCAGCAAACUCAGCAACUGGAAGAACCCGCAGACAAUGAAGAGGAUGGCACAAAGGCACGAGUUUUGGCUUUACCAAGCAAAGAGUUGGAUGGGCUUUGGGAGUCACUUCAGUUCGAUCAACCAGUCCAAUCUACGCUUCUCAGGGCUAUAAGCAGAAUGGGCAAUACAGUGUCUUUUUCUACCCGAAAAUUGAGCAAAUGGUCAAUCAAUUGGAACAGAUUGGUCCUUCUUUGGGGCCCACCAGGAACAGGGAAAACAAGCCUAUGUCGUGGCUUGGCCCAGAAGCUUGCGAUACGUCUCGGAAAGCAUUAUCCACAAAGCAAGUUAGUUGAGAUAAAUGCACACUCUUUGGGAAGCAAAUUUUUCGGCGAGAGUAGCAAGCUGGUAAGCAAAAUGUUUCAGAGCAUCGAAUCUAUGCUCGAGGAAGAAGAUGAUACUUUCGUCUGCGUGUUUGUAGAUGAGGUUGAGACAUUGGCUGCUCGCAGAGAGCGGUCGCUCAAUGGCAACGAGCCAUUCGAUGCUGUUCGCGCAGUGAACGCGCUCUUAACAGGACUGGAUAAGAUGAAGCCUCAUCCAAAUGUGGUUGUUAUUUGCACGAGCAACUUGGUCACAGCCCUGGAUCAAGCGUUCCUCGAUCGUGUUGAUAUUAAACAAUUCAUGCCGCACUUGUCGAAUAGAGCGAUCUAUGGGAUAUACAAGGACUGCCUGGAGGAAUUAAAUCGGUGUGGUAUCAUUGAGGGUGCCGCCUUCGAUGUUAUCCAAGUGAACCCAGAAGACCCCCAAACAGCGCUGCAGUACUUGGAACAGCAGGCAGAGCACUUAGUGGUCCCAUCUUUCGAUGAAAUGCUCCUCAAUUACCAGAUGUUUCCGAAUGCUGUGCCCAAGCAGCUUGCUGAUGCGGCCACUGCCAGUGUGGGGCUAAGUGGUCGUACACUGCGCCGCCUCCCAGCUUUGUCGUUGGUGCUCCAUAGCAACACAACCCGAAGCAGUGUUCGCGAGGCCGUUCAGGCGUUGGGGGUGGGAAUAAAAUCGGAGAUUCAGGCUAAGGCGGAAGCGGCGUAAGGUUCAGGAGACACACAGACGGAGCGAUGGAGGAUUGGGACGGUUCAAGGCGGUACGACCACAAUCAAAAUAUGUCUAAGAGUCAGCAUCAUCAUAGCAUGUGAAUUGUAGACCCAAUGCCAUCGGACAUCAGUUCUUAUCGUCUUCUGUCGUGGCGCCGAUCCC